AUGCCUCAAGUAAGAGAAAUUAUGACAGAUAUAAGUGGUGUCUUCAUGCAUCAUUCGGUUUUUGCAAUGUUUUUGGUGCAUAACUUGAAUUUGCUGAAUUGGGAGGAUGCGCGAGCGUUGAUCGAGAUGGCACACCAACAACGCAAGAACUCGCAGCUCCACCAGCCCACUCGUCACCACUCAUUACAUCCCAUCUCGUCCACAUCCGUUCACUCAGAAAUGCAGACCAUGAGCGCCAGAGGAUCUCAGAGCUCAUCGGAUAUGUUAGAAAUACCACGCCGAUCGCCAUCUGCAGAUCUGCUGAAAGCUUCGAACGAUGAGAGUGCGCAUCAUACGGGCAAUAGGUUUAUGAAGUGGUUGGGUCUAUCGCAGAACCGAAGAGACUCCAAGAAACCGAGACGUAUGUCGACGUUCACUUGA